UAUUUCAAAACCACCGCAUUCAAAUAACAUGGCGACAACGGGCAUGCAGCUGGUAGGCCUCAUCAUGUCCAUCCUGGGCUGGGUGGCUGGAGCGGUCGUGAUCCUGGUGCCGCUGUGGCGAGUCACUGCCUUCAUCGGCAACAACUUGGUGACCGCUCAAAUCAUCUGGGAAGGCCUAUGGAUGAAUUGCAUCGUGCAGAGUACGGGUCAGAUCCAGUGUAAGGUCUACGACAGCAUGCUGGCGCUGCCCAGCGACAUGCAGGCUGCCCGUGGCCUCACCGUGCUCUCGGUCAUGCUGUGCGCCGUGGCCCUGGCUCUAGGGGUGCUCGGUGUUAAGUGCACCAAGUGCGUGGGGGUCAACAGCCUCAAGGCGCGCAUCGCCCGUAUCUCGGGGGUACUCUUUGCUGUCGCCGGCUUCCUCUUCCUGGUUCCCGUCUGUUGGACCGCCCACUCCAUCAUCAGGGAUUUCUACGACCCGCACGUGGCUGCCCCACACAAGCGCGAACUGGGCCCGGGGCUCUACAUCGGCUGGGGGGCGGCGGCGUUGCUCCUGGUCGGCGGGUCUCUGCUGUACGCCGGCUCGAGUCCGCCCGGCAUGCCCGGCUCGCCCACCUUCAGUAGUGGAGAAAGCAGCCCCCGUCGGGCACCGGCUUCACAGGUUAAAGGCUACGUCUAACAUGGCCAACUUCAAGGUUUCCUCCCAACUGAUGAAAAGCCUGUUUCACCCUCCUCUUGAUAUUUAAUAUUUUCCAGCAGGGUUAGAGAAAAUUGAACUCCACCUCUGAUCAAAUAACCUUUUCUUCUAUGUAUGUCAUUGUAAAAUACAAUAAAACAGUUGGCCUUUA